UUGGAGUAGUGGGAAAGAUCAAGAAGAAGAGGAUAUUGACACGUGCGGCUGUGUUUAAAAUCGGAUGCAAACCUAUUUAUAUUCCUCUCUUUAUUCUCUCUUUCUCGUCCGUCUCUUCUCUCUCUUCGCCGUUGGUUUCACUCAGCUCUCACUCUCAUCCCCAUCCCAAACCCUAGCCUCGCUAUUUUUCAUGAUUCCUCUCGAUCUCUUCCACUGAACUCUCUCUCAAAUCGGUCGUAUACGGAGAAUUAUCGGAGACACUCGGAGGUCUGCUAAAAUUAACAUUCGCGAUGGCGGCUUCCACUACCAGCCAGGUCUACAUCGAUGUAAUCGAGGAUGUCAUGGUCAAGGUCCGUGACGAGUUCGUGAACAACGGUGGUCCUGGAGAGGAAGUUCUCAAGGAGCUUCAAGCUAUGUGGGAAUCGAAGAUGAUGCAAGCUGGUGCUGUGCUCGGUCCCAUAGAAAGGUCCACUGCAGCUAAGCCAACUCCUGGUGGUCCAAUUACUCCGGUUCAUGAUCUCAACGUACCGUAUGAGGGGACCGAUGAGUAUGAGACUCCUACAGCGGAUAUGCUUUUCCCCCCUACACCAUUGCAAACUCCAAUUCAAACCCCUCUACCAGGAACUGGGGAUAACUCAACGUAUAACAUUCCUACUGGACCAAGUGACUACCCCUCUUCUGGAAAUGACACAGGAGGAAAUGCUGAUGGAAAAGGAGCAAGACCUGCUCCAUAUAUGCAAUCUCCUUCUCCUUGGAUGAACCAAAGGCCUCCACUUGAUGUCAAUGUUGCUUAUGUGGAAGGGCGGGAUGAGGCAGACAGGGGAACUUCUAAUCAACCUCCGACACAGGACUUCUUCACGAUGCCAUCAGGAAAGCGAAAACGCAAUGAUUUAACUUCUCAAUAUAAUGCUGGUGGAUAUAUACCUCAGCAAGAUGGAGCUGGGGAUGCUACACAUGGAGAUUUUGAAAUUGAGGUACCCCCUAUUAGUCAGCAUCAUAUAUAUCACCAGGAUGUCUGCAUAUCUUUUGUAAGUGGAAGGGGCAUCUCUAUUAAUUCACAUCACACUAUUUCCAAAGGAAAAAUGUCAGCAGAUUUGGAGAGGUCGACUUCUAGGAUUCCUCAACUUGAUGGACCAAUUCCAUAUGAUGAUGAUGUGCUCUCUACUCCAAAUAUAUACAACUAUGGAGAAGUGUUCAGUGAAGACUACAACAUUUCUAAUACACCAGCUCCUCCUGAAGUACCAGCAAGCACCCCUGCUCUCUUGGUUCAGAAUGAAGUGGGUAAUGAUUUUGAUGAUGAUGAUGAUGAUGAACCUCCAUUAAAUGAAGAGGAUGAUGAUGAUUUAGAUGACAUGGAACAAGGAGAGGAUCAAAAUACACAUCAUCUUGUUUUGGCCCAGUUUGAUAAGGUGACACGUACCAAGAGCAGGUGGAAAUGCACAUUAAAGGAUGGCAUCAUGCACAUAAAUAAUAAGGACAUUCUCUUCAAUAAGGCGACAGGAGAGUUUGAAUUCUGAUUUUGUUGGGGCUGGCGCUUUCGUGAAAUAUGAUUCGGAGGUGUCAUUGUGUGUUUCAUGAUCCCUUUCUUUGAUUAUAAUUAUUAAGUGAAAGAUUGAUGAAGAUAGGAAUAUUUUUACCCUUUCGAGACUAUUGUGAUGUUGGCCUCUUGUACAUAGAGAAUGAGCAAUUUUUUGCCUUUAACUGAUGGUUAGAGACUCGGGCAUUUCCUUUAAGCCCACCAUUUGUCAAGUAUGUGGUUUCUUUAGUUCUGUAUACUUGAACAUUUUAGUGAAUUUAAGAAUCCCUUGUAUGAUAAUAAUGAUAGAUAGGCUU